AUGUCCCCCUCAGUUGCAGCAAGUUCAUCAAGAGGUUUCGAUACCAAAUCUCCAAGUGUUUCAGUGGACGAGAAGAAGAAAAGAAGAAUGAUUUCCAACAGAGAAUCAGCUAGGAGAUCAAGGAUAAGGAGGCAAAAACGCAUAGUGGACCUUGCAAACGAAAAGGCUCUGGUAGCGAAACGACUUGUAGAAGGCUAUAAAGAGUACUCUGCCAUUAGCAAAAGCCACUUGACCUUGCAAUCAGAAAACGAAAUUCUGAUGUCUGAAAAGAUGAGAAUGGUCCAGUAUUUGAAAAACAUGCACCUGUUUCUCAAAUACAUUUCAGAAAACUGUGUAGAAACAAAAGAGACCACCAUUAAUCGAGCUGAUUUAGUUUGUAUUUAG